GAGUUGUGGUUCAUUAAAGCAUGCGCCGUUGAGCAAAUUCACGUCGAUUCAUAGUUCCCCACCACUUGAUUGCAACCCCAGCGUCAACCAUAUACAACUUCCAUUCCAAGAACGAUUAAAAGAUGGCAAAGAAGAAAGGUCCACCAAAACCCACCCGCAUGUACCCAUCUCUACACCCAGACGUCGCCCUCGCAGUGUCGGAACACAUGACUCCACUCCCUUUCAACGAGACGAACACCAGCCAAGGAACCAACAAAUCUUAUUCCACUUUUGUUAUUGGCGAAUUCCGCUGUCACAACAACACGUGCCCAACGCAUGCGUGGACAAGCGGGAAAGUGACGAUACUCAUACGGCGAUAUGCGAACGGCAGUUACAACGCCGAGGUGUUCAAACAACGCUGCAGAUCUUGCAACAGAUUGGGGAAGCUGAAACUGGACAAUGCCUCCUACAUUGAUCGCGUUUCGUACAGGCUUCUGGCUUGGAGUGGGGUGCAACAGGCUUCACGUGGGUACACGGAGAAAUACACACCACCGCACAGGAAGGAUCUGUGUGAAGGGUGCAAACGAGGUAUAUGCCCAGAGUCUUUGUAAGCAGCAGAGAUGUUCAGAAUAUCAUGCUUGUGAUUGCUUUCUUACGUAAUAUGAGUGGAGAUGUUCGAUUUAUAUGUUGCUGUCGCUACGUCAAAUUCGACACAUGGAUGAUUCCAGAACCCUUGUCGCAUCAUCUCAAGUCUAGAACGCAGAGCUCACCGGUCCAUCCACCGCACCCGCC